AACAGAGAAACAAACAUUACUGGAAUUCAAUUGUACACAAAGGUGCCACUUGGCAUGAGAAAGACUUGUUUUGGAAAUCCAUCCUGCUGUGCUCACUCUCGAUAGCGUUCCAGUGGAAGAAAGCCAGGAUUUCCUAAUUCAGAGAGAAUGGAGAGUUCUUAACAGAUUGAUCGGCAGCAGGGGACAGUCUAUUCUUUAAAUGCCUGCUCGGAAGGGGGGGGGGGGGGGGGUAUUUCAUGGAUGUGUGUUUCUGAGAGGAGCCUCAAAGAAACCUUUUGUUUUGUCCUAGGUACAUGUCAGGAGGAGAGAAGCUCUCUAAAGAGAUCACGGCAGGCUGGCAUAGCUCCCGUCAUCAUUCAGACAAACCAUCUAUCAGCUGUAGCUGUUCCUCAUGGAUCCCUUCUGCCUUGAUAUGCACAUGGGGUUCCUGAAACCCCAGUGCUCGAUACCACCGCCACCUCAGAGAGGACGAGCAGAAGCAUGCACGUGUUUCAGCGGAAUGUGUGCCCUUCAUCAACGCAGGCUUUCUACAGACUUGUUAAUACCAAGGACCCCCCAAUGUGAUGAUCCCUUUAGACGGACCCCCUUCCUAAAAUAUAAAGACUCCUCGGGACAGGUGACAGCCUCUCCUCUUAGCUCACCCACGUCCCACCGGGGCAUGCAUCCGUCACUGCUGAGCCCGACUUCAUUGGGCCCCUCGGGGUCUCUGCACUCCCCCAUCAGCUCUCUGAACUCGCCCAUGAACGGCCUUGGCUCUCCCUUUUCUGUCAUCAGCUCGCCCAUGGGGCCACAUUCCAUGGCGUCACCCGGGAUGGGCUACGGCCCCAGCAUCAGCCCACAGCUGAAUUCGCCCAUGAACUCUGUCAGCAGCUCAGAAGAUAUCAAGCCGCCCCUGGGCAUCAACGGUGUGAUGAAGGUGCCAGCCCAGCCCUCGGGCACCCCUCUUUCCCUCACCAAACACAUCUGUGCCAUCUGUGGCGACCGCUCCUCAGGUAAACACUACGGUGUGUACAGCUGCGAGGGGUGCAAGGGUUUCUUCAAGAGGACUGUGCGUAAGGACCUGACCUACACUUGUCGAGACAGCAAGGACUGUAUUAUCGACAAACGCCAGCGCAACCGCUGCCAGUACUGCCGCUAUCAGAAGUGUUUGGCCAUGGGCAUGAAGAGAGAAGUAUUAUUACAUACAGCCGUCCAGGAGGAGCGCCAGCGAGCCAAGGACCGCAACGAGAACGAGGUGGAGUCGACCAGCAGUGCGAACGAAGACAUGCCUGUGGAGAAGAUCCUGGAGGCGGAGCUUGCUGUGGAGCCCAAAACGGAGACUUACAUUGAAACCAAUGUACCGAUGCCCUCGAAUUCACCCAAUGAUCCAGUCACAAACAUCUGUCAGGCCGCAGACAAGCAGCUCUUCACUCUGGUGGAAUGGGCCAAGAGGAUCCCGCAUUUUUCCGAGCUCCCACUGGACGACCAGGUCAUUCUUCUACGAGCAGGAUGGAAUGAGCUCCUCAUUGCGUCAUUUUCACACCGUUCAAUAGCAGUGAAAGAUGGGAUACUGUUGGCCACAGGACUGCACGUGCACCGGAACAGCGCCCACAGUGCCGGAGUAGGGGCCAUAUUUGACAGGGUGCUGACGGAGUUGGUGUCAAAGAUGAGAGACAUGCAGAUGGAUAAAACAGAGCUAGGAUGCCUUCGAGCCAUCGUCCUCUUCAAUCCAGACUCCAAAGGCCUGUCAAACCCAGGUGAGGUGGAGGCGCUUAGAGAGAAGGUCUAUGCCUCUCUGGAAGCCUACUGCAAACAGAAGUACCCUGAACAACCUGGAAGGUUUGCUAAGCUGUUGUUGCGGCUCCCUGCCCUGCGUUCAAUUGGACUGAAGUGUUUGGAGCAUCUGUUCUUCUUCAAGCUCAUAGGGGACACGCCCAUCGAUACCUUCCUCAUGGAGAUGCUAGAGGCACCCCACCAAAUGACAUAACGCCCUCCUGUCGCCGGGACACACACACAAAAGGGUCACCCCAAAAGCCCCUUAGAAACUGAACACGUGACACCAUUUGCCAGAGCAAAGGAACUUUUAGAACCAUUACACAGUCAUGACAGCCAUGGGUCUGUUUUAUACUUUGUAUAAAGAUAUAAAUAUAUAUACAACACAUAAGAAAAAUAAUGACAAUGGACUUCAAGCCCACAGACAACAGUGGACACGGGUGUACCAAACCAUUCUUCAAUGUGUACAUAUGAAAAAAAAAUGAAAAAAAAGGAUAGAUUUAGUGGAGGUGUAGUAAUUGCAGGAAUGUCUUAAGCAGGGUCGUGUACGUUGGGAUACAAUGGGUCUUAUGGGAGGGAUCAAGGGGGCAUAACCAGCCUCAUUCAGGAUUGGAUAGGGCCAUCCUGGCCUGGCAUGUCUGAGCACAUGAAGACUUAUAGGAGAUGAUGAUGAUGAUGGUAAUGCGGGUUAUAAUCCAGGUUUCUAACACAAACAUUGUGUUUUCAGCUCCUGAUGGGAGUUUUUGCGAUUACAAUCCUGCUCAAAUUGCCGUUUUCCCCUCAAGCGGGCUGUCCCUGAUAGAACGUUUUUGUAAUUACUGUCAUUUAAGAAGCGAGUUUGCUCUGAACCAAAUGAGCAAUCACAGUUCACCCGAGCAUCAUCAGUGGUGUGUGAGAGACGCAAUAAGGACGUGACUUCAGGAUCAGACAGGAAGUUUUGG